AUUUUGAUAUGAAAGAAUAUGAUCGAGCAUCAAAAGCACUUAAACCGAUUAAAUCAGGUCCUGGAAGAUUUUUAGGUCUCUAUGCUAGAUUCUUAGCUCUGGAAAAACGUUUGAAUGAUGUUUCGGGUCCUGCUCUAUCUACGCGUCAAAAUCUUCGAACUUUUACUCCAAAGCAUCAAGAUUUACUUGAUGAAAUUCAAAGCUCUAUUGAUCCUUUUGAAUUAUACCUCAAAGCAAUCCUUUUAUCUCGUGGAAGUUAUCGACUUGAAGCUAUUGAUGCUCUAGUCCAUUCCAUCAAUUUAUAUCAAUACAAUUGGAGUGCUUGGAAAUUAUUACAAAAAUUGAUUGAAGGAGCUGAUGAGCUAGAAACUAUUAUACCUCAAUUACCAAAAGAUGGAUUCAUGGAUCGAUUUUUUUUUAUUCAUGCCACAUUAGAAUCUCAUACUUCUGGAAAUGGUGAAGUUUUAACAAAAGUUAUUGAAGAACUUCAAGAACUAUUUCCUACUUCGAUUUAUUUAAAAAGUCAACAAGCUUUAAUGGCUUAUCAUUUACGAGAUUUUGAUGUGGCGGAAACGAUCUUUGAUUCCAUAUAUGCUGAAGAUCCUCAUAGAGUGGAAGAUGUCGAUACGUACUCGAAUAUUCUUUAUGUUAUGGAGAAACGUGCCAAACUCACUUCCUUGGCUCAGAAUUAUGCUGGUGGAGCAGAUGGGGCAGGCGUAGAUCGGAUGAGACCAGAAGUUUGUUGCUUGCUUGGGAAUUAUUGGAGUCUGAGUGGUGAACAUGAGAAGGCUAUCGUUGAAUUUAGGAGAGCUUUACGUUUGGAUCCUAGUUACUUGAGUGCUUGGACUUUGAUGGGGCAUGAAUAUGUUGAGAUGAAGAAUACAUAUGCUGCAAUUGAAUCUUAUCGAAAAGCUAUCGAUGCGAAUUCAAAGGACUAUCGGGCGUGGUACGGUCUGGGUCAAACCUACGAAGUACUGGACAUGCUUAGUUAUGCAUUAUACUACUACCAACAAGCAACAGCCCUAAAACCCUAUGAUACACGGAUGUGGCUCGCAUUAGCUCAAGUAUAUGAAAAAUUAGGAAGGAGAAGAGAAGCGAGAAUGACCACUAAACGGGCACUUAUGAUUGCUCAACCUCAUCUUGGAGGACAAGAUGACUUUGGAAUGAUUAUGAAAUUAGCUGAAUUAUAUGAUAUGGAUGGUCGACCUGAUGAAGCUGCCAAGUAUCAUAAAAAACUCGUGGAUGAAGCUCUGGAAUAUGGUGGAGGUCCUACAGCUAGAUUGGCGAAGAGUUUAUUGUAUCUUGCUAAACAUGAAAUGAAUCUUUUGGAAAAAGGUAGUGGAAGAUUAACUUGUGCUAAAGAUUAUCUUACUACACUUGUUAGAAUGAAUGUAGAUGAAAAAGAAGAUGCAAAAGGAUUGUUGAGAAGGUUACAGAGUUUUGAUCAAGCCUUGAAUUCAGAUUUAGGUAUUGGAUCGAAAUGAAUUGAGGAUUUGGUGAUCAAAGAAUAUUUUGGAGAGGAUUGUAGAUGAAAUUGAAUUGGUGUUCAUAGAUUGAUUCAAAUUCAUUCAGUUGAUUGAAAGGAAAGUUUUUAAUCUUAAUAUUCUUAGUUAUGUUGUAAAUUUUGGGUUUCUGUAAAUUGCUCAGAGGGAAUGGAAAGGGAAUGGAUGAAGAGUUUUGUAUCUGAGAUAGUUAUGAAACAGGAAGGAACUUUGAAAAGGUGAUAUAGACUCACAAAGCCAAGUCAAAUAAGGAAAGAAUGCCUG